AUGUUAUUCAACUUGAUGAACGUUUUGAUGACUAACCUUUCUGCAUCAGUUGCAUACGCCGCAGCAUGCCUUUGUGGAGAACUGUCAGUCGCCGUUUCGUUCGUUCCGCUAAUUCUCACACCUCUCUUUGUCUUCGCUGGGUUUUUCGUUGAUUUGAGAUCUGUCCCAUUAUAUUUCAAACCACUCACGUACAUCUCCUGGUAUAGGUAUGCAUAUGAAGCUCAUCUUAUUCUUCUGCUGGAACCCAUUGAAGAAAUACCCGGUUGUCCGUCGAGCAGUGAGAGUGAUGCUUUCGUCUGUUCUGCAAAAAACGGCGAU